GCCAAGAUUGCGACUAUUUAACACGAGAUAUAUCAGAGUGACUAAGAUUGGUAUUUCCUACUCAAGAUGGCGUCGAAUAAUAACGCAUUGUAAUUAGUCUCUAUUUGUUUGAGACUUUCUUUGGAAUAAAUAGUCAUACAGUUGUGAAAAUGAUAUUUACAAUUGGAGGAUCAUUUAAUCAGGCUGACUUCGGUCUUUUAUAUCAUUGAUAUGGGAAGAUGAUUGGAACGCCCGUCAUGGAAAAUAUGGAUUUCAAUGUAACAGAGACAUGCCAUGUCAUGGAUACGUAUGUUACACACUUAUUUAUUCCGUUGUGUUUAUGCGCGUUAUUAGGUAUUGUUACAUAUCUGGCUCACAGAUUUUUUCAGAAACGUUUUACAUCACAAAAUCAAGAAAGAGUACACACAGAUCACGAAAUAAACAUAGCUCAGACAGAGCGAAUAGCUGGCUCUGUUAAAGAUAUUACUGCUGAACUAAAACCAAUGAUUUAUCAAAGCACUGAAACCGUAAGUUUUUCAAGCAUCUUUGCUGACGUUAACUUGAGUGGCUGUUUUGAAGAAACGACGAUUUAUACCAGACAAACGGUAAAAGACACCGAAAGAGCAUUACAAGAAAAUCAUCAGGAUUCAUCUUCUGAAACUUUGUUAGCAAUUGGUGUACAUGCAUUUCUGGGUAGCGAAAUCAAGUCGUCUGAAGCCAAUCUUGCUGCGCAGAUUGAGAAAUCCGAAAUAGUUACACGACGUACAAUCGAAGAAACAGAAAUGGCAUUUCAAGGAAAUCAACAAGUUUGUACUACGGAAAUUUUGUCACAAAUUAGAAAACAUACAUCUGAUCUGAGUAGCGAAAUGAAUUUGUCUGAAAACAAUCUGUCUACGCUCAUUGAGAAAUCCGCAAUAGAAACCCAACGUACAAUCGAGGACACAGAAAUGGCCCUGAAAGAAAAUCAACAAGAUUGUACUACGGAAACUGUGUCCCAAAUUGUAAAACAUACAUCAUUUCUGAGUAGCGAAAUGAAAUCGUCUGAAAACAAUCUGUCUGCGCUUAUUGAGAAAUCCGCAAUAGAUACCAGACGUACAAUCGAGGACACAGAAAUGACCUUGAAAGAAAAUCAACAAGAUUGUACAACGGAAACUGUGUCCCAAAUCGUAAAACAGACAUCAUUUCUGAGUAGCGAAAUGAAAUCGUGUAAAAACAAUCUGUCUGCGCAUAUUGAGAAAUCAGCAAUAGAUACCCGACUUACAAUCGAUGACACAGAAAUGGCAUUAAAAGAAAAUCAACAAGAUUGUACUAUGGAAAUUGUGUCACAAAUUGGAAAAAAUACAUCAUUCCUGAGAAGCGAAUUGAAAUCGUCUGAAACCAAUAUUGCUUCGCGCAUUGAGAAACUCGAACGUUCAAUAGAAUCUCUGGUGACAAAAGACAGCGAGAACAGAACAUCGCUAACUUUGUUAGCAAUUGGUGUACAUGCAUUUCUGGGUAGCGAAAUCAAGUCGUCUGAAGCCAAUCUUGCUGCGCAGAUUGAGAAAUCCGAAAUAGUUACACGACGUACAAUCGAAGAAACAGAAAUGGCAUUUCAAGGAAAUCAACAAGUUUGUACUACGGAAAUUUUGUCACAAAUUAGAAAACAUACAUCUGAUCUGAGUAGCGAAAUGAAUUUGUCUGAAAACAAUCUGUCUACGCUCAUUGAGAAAUCCGCAAUAGAAACCCAACGUACAAUCGAGGACACAGAAAUGGCACUGAAAGAAAAUCAACAAGAUUGUACUACGGAAACUGUGUCCCAAAUUGUAACACAUACAUCAUUUCUGAGUAGCGAAAUGAAAUCGUCUGAAAACAAUCUGUCUGCGCUUAUUGAGAAAUCCGCAAUAGAUACCAGACGUACAAUCGAGGACACAGAAAUGACCUUGAAAGAAAAUCAACAAGAUUGUACAACGGAAACUGUGUCCCAAAUCGUAAAACAGACAUCAUUUCUGAGUAGCGAAAUGAAAUCGUGUAAAAACAAUCUGUCUGCGCAUAUUGAGAAAUCAGCAAUAGAUACCCGACUUACAAUCGAUGACACAGAAAUGGCAUUAAAAGAAAAUCAACAAGAUUGCACUAUGGAAAUUGUGUCACAAAUUGGAAAAAAUACAUCAUUCCUGAGAAGCGAAUUGAAAUCGUCUGAAACCAAUAUUGCUUCGCGCAUUGAGAAACCCGAACGUUCAAUAGAAUCUCUGGUGACAAAAGACAGCGAGAACAGAACAUCGCCGGGCCAAGACGAGUACCUAGCAAAAUGCCAAGAUGUUCGUGAAAGAUUAAUAGAGUUCUAUACGACGACGAAGAAAACUGUAUCUGUUUCACCACUAAGGGAGGGUCGUGACAAACCUAUAUGGGAUGUUUUUGUGCAACCGAAAUUGAGCAACGUAAUAAUUGAGAAAGAUGGAUCUCGAAAGAAAACGGGAAACCCGGUUAACCAAUAUAAAGCCUUAUUUUAUAAAGAUGAAAAGCUCAGUAGUCGUGUAUUUGUUCAAGGAGAUCCGGGGAUGGGGAAAACUACAUUCCUCACUAAACUGGCUCUUGACUGGUGUGAUGCAGUGUCUGAGCACAAUCCUGAUUAUAGUGCUACAUUUAGUGAUGUCGAUACAUUAAAGGAGUUCCAGUUUCUCUUUCAAAUAUCACUAAGAGAUGCAAAGGACCAGCGGGAGGUUAUAGAGAUGAUCAAAACACAAAUAAUAGACAUGAUUUACACUGGAAAUAAACUAUUAUUCCAGCGCAUGAUCAUUGAUGGAUGCAUAGAAGCAAAAGCCAGCGGUGAAAAGAAAAUUUGCCUGAAGUCAUCAGAGAUUCUUCACACGCUCAACAGGCUAACUAAGCUGUAUUUGAGUGGAACCUAUACGGGUCGGUGUGAUCUCAAGCUGCCUGCUUCAUUGGAGUAUGUAAGACUUCAGUCAAGUGAAGAAAUCCGCGGAGACGAAGCGCAUACACAUGUAUCGGACUUGCGAUCUGAAAUACUGUCAUAUGACCUGUCCAACAUUACGAUAUCAGUGGAAAAUGGCAAUCAUCCUGUCAAGUGUGAGCUGUCGGAUGUUGAAUUGCAGUCAAGUGAAGAAAUCCGCGGAGACGAAGCGCAUACACAUGUAUCGGACUUGCGAUCUGAAAUACUGUCAUGUGACCUGUCCAACAUUACGAUAUCAGUGGAAAAUGGCAGCAAGCGAACGAACCCGUGGAGGCGAAUCACAUACACAUUUAUCGGAGUUGCGAUCUGA